GAUUGUUAGCAGUUUGCUUGUCGAUAUAACAAGUAACAAGAAAGACUCGAGACAGGGCGAGUCAAUUAAUCCCAUUCAAGCAUGUAUCUUAAGAUGAUUGUGUUGUUUCUGGCCGUGUCUUUGGCCGUGACGAGCGCUGGGAUUCCUGGAGGCGUUGCAGAUGCAGACAUUAACAAUGCAGAUGUUCAGAAGGCGUUACGGUUCGCUGUGGCCCAGUACAACAAACAAAGCAACGAAGCGUUUGUGCGUAAGGUUACCAGAGUCAUCAGGGUUCAACAACAAGUUGUCUCUGGCAUGAACUACAUCUUCAAUGUGAAGCUGGGCAUAGCCAACUGCAAGAAUGGCGUUAAGACCGUAUGUGCCUCUCCGAAGAAACCCCAAGUUGCACAGGUCAUCCAGUGUAAAAUAACGGUCUGGAGCCAGCCAUGGUUAAACUUCUUAAGUGUCACUGAAAACACCUGCUUGUAGAGCUUGUGACAGUUUGGGCCUUUUUUAGCACUCAAACAACAAUAAAACUUUGUGUUGGCAAUGGUA